GGCGAUACCAAGUGGCCCGGCUCGGCGGGAGCGCCGGCGGCGGCGGCGGACGGGCCGCCCCUACGCGGGGCUCGGCGCUGCGCACGCCGCGGGGCGGCCGCGGAGCAGCGGCGCGGUGCGCUCCGCCCCCCGGCGCGCCCGCUGCCCCACCGGGGAAGUUGAGCUCCGUCCCUCGCUCUCCCCAGUCCCUCGGCGACGGCUCCUUCCUCCCCCUCCCUCCAAUGCGCCUCCCGCUCAUUUCCUCUUUUCCUCCCCGCUCGCCGCCGCUCCGCAGGCGCGCGGCUCGCCCGGGCGCCGCCGCGGAGUUGUAGCUCCCAGGAAGCCGCCGCGCCCCCGCCCAGCGCCGCCGCCGCCGCUCCCACACCGCCGGGGGACCGCGCUCCGCCAGCCGGAUCUCCUGGUGUCUGCCCGUGUCUUUCAUCACCCCCAACAGGGGCCGUCUGCAGGCUUUUGGCAAAGUGUGUGCCGCAGCUUUCCAGAAGUCCUGUCCUGUAAGUGAGGCAAGCUGUUACAAACUGAUAGCACCAGAAACAAGCAAUCAAGCCCUGUGGACUUUCUCUGAAGAGGUUCCAAGAUAGGUGGUACAAAAAUUCGACUUGGGGAGCUGUAGACUGUAAAACCAUCAGCCUGUUGGAAACCCUUCAACCCUUUCUACCUGCCUGCACCUCUGAAUCUGAAGUUUGGGGCAUCUCUUGGAAUCCCACAUCUUGUUUAACUGAAACACUCAAAGACGCUGUAGGACUGAAACUCCCCUAGUUUGUGGCCAGUAAGAUCUUGCAGAGCCUGGUUCUGGAUUGAGCUGCCAGCAGGGACCUUUACUUUCCCAUCCGCUGAACCCAGAUCCAGAAGAGGAUGGGGAAGCAGAACAGCAAGCUGCGCCCCGAGGUGCUGCAGGACCUGCGCGAGAACACUGAAUUCACGGACCAUGAGCUGCAAGAGUGGUACAAGGGCUUCCUAAAAGAUUGCCCAACCGGCCAUUUGACUGUGGAAGAGUUCAAAAAAAUAUACGCAAAUUUUUUCCCCUACGGAGACGCGUCAAAGUUUGCGGAGCACGUCUUCCGCACCUUCGACACCAACGGCGACGGGACGAUUGACUUUAGGGAAUUCAUCAUCGCCCUGAGUGUCACCUCUCGGGGCAAGCUGGAGCAGAAGCUGAAGUGGGCGUUUAGUAUGUACGACCUGGACGGUAACGGGUACAUCAGCCGUGGGGAAAUGCUAGAAAUAGUGCAGGCAAUCUACAAAAUGGUUUCAUCGGUAAUGAAAAUGCCAGAAGACGAAUCCACUCCCGAGAAGCGAACAGACAAGAUUUUCAGACAGAUGGACACAAACAAUGACGGUAAACUGUCGCUGGAAGAGUUCAUCAAAGGUGCCAAGAGCGACCCCUCCAUCGUGCGGUUGUUACAGUGCGACCCCAGUAGCGCGAGCCAGUUCUGAUUAAAGCGGACAGUGUGCACAGAGAAUCUCAGCUUGUGUCCUUCAAGCUUUGCUCGCAAAUGGAUGCCUUCUCAACCAUCCCUCCACACUUCGCGGAUAAGAUCCCAUCGCCAGAUCAUGUGUGUGCGUGUGUCCGAGCGAACCAGCCCGCGCUUCCCUCAGUGACACCAGUGCCGCUUUCCUUCGGCAGCUCCGGUUCUGCUUCCCCGUAAUGUUACGAUUCACUCUACACAUUUUAAACGUUAAUUGAAAGGUAUGUUUACAUGCAGCUACAGAAGAGGUCAAAUCGCCGGUGAGAUACCACUUCACUUAGUCCGUAAGAAAGGUGAUGUUCUAGUAGUUCCUGAGAAGAUGUUAGGUAGGACUUUUACCCAACAUAGCAGAUGGUAGAUAAUUUAUUUUGCUUCAGAAAUGAUUAUGUAAAAAAAAAAAAAUAAAAAAUAUGUGGACUGAAUGGAGUAGAAAGUUAAAAAAAAAAAAAAGAAAAAAAAAAGCAGCUUUCCUGGGCAUGGUUCCAGUUUUCUUUUUGAGGAAAAUUGCUUGCACUUAUCUAAUGGUCUUUACUUUCUUUUAAUAUAUAUAUAAAUUAUAUAUAUAUGGUGAAGUAAAAUUUUAAAUAUUUAGGUCAUCUAUUUAAGGCAUAAAGUAGAAUUCGAGCUUUGUUUCUUCUAGUUGUCUGUGAUUUAUUCAAAUCUUGGAGAUUGUUUUUAUGUGAUAUUUAUGCAUUAGCAAAUUGCUGUUCCAAAAGAAAUGCAUGACUAGCAGUUUGUGGAUAUUUCACUCUGUUUUAAUUCCUGAAUGCAAAUGUUUGUUCAUUUUUUACUGUCGAUCGUUCCAGCAUUACUGUAUUAACAAAAGACCUGAAAGGAGUUCAUCCUCAUUUUGUAUUUCUCAGUGGAGUCCUACUUUCUGGUGGUUGCUGCGUUAAAUGGCUUUUGAGUGCCCCGAGGUGACGUGACUCGCACUGCUGUUCUCGACUUGGCUACACCUCCUCCCUUUUGCUGUCGAUAUGUUAAUAGUCUUGUGCAUUCCAGUGUUAUUUAAUAUCUGCCUAAUGCCAAGAAAUAUUAAUUGAAAUAAAAGACUACUUUUCUUGUCA